CGAUCGCCUGGGACACAGAGGCCAGUGAUUCUUAACUGUGCCAACUGAUUGGAGAGAUGGUUUGAGGCUACGUUAAAUCAGCUGGGAUCGCCUAGCUCAGGUUUGGUCAGACACGAAGCGCGCAUAUCACGAGCUCACGAUACGUCAAGGAUGUUCCAAGCAAUGCGUCUCCUUCUCAGCGCGACGAAGACGAAGAGUGGGGCAGCGGGAAGGGCGAGCUCAGGCUCGUCUCGCCUCCUCUCCGCGUCCUCCGGCUCUAGCAGGUUGGCCGGGAAGGUGGCCAUCAUCACCGGAGCUGCGAGCGGCAUCGGGAAAGCGACGGCCGCCGAGUUCGUCAGAAACGGCGCCAAGGUCGUCAUCGCCGACGUCCAGGACGACCUCGGCCACGCCGUCGCGGCCGAGCUCGGCGGCCCGGACACGGCCUGCUACGCCCGCUGCGACGUUACCGACGAGGCGCAGGUGGCGGCCGCAGUGGACCUCGCCGUGGCACGCCACGGCCGCCUCGACGUCAUGUUCAACAACGCUGGCAUAACGGGCGGGAACUACGCGGGCGGCCCCAUCGAGUCCAUGGACAUGGCCGACUUCGACCGCGUCAUGGCCGUCAACCUCCGGGGCGUGGCCGCCGGCAUCAAGCACGCGGCGCGGGCCAUGGUCCCGCGCAGCCAGGGGUGCAUCCUGUGCACGGCCAGCACGGCGGGCGUGCUGGGCGGGUCGGGCCCUUACGCGUACAGCGUCUCCAAGACGGCCGUCGUCGGCAUGGUGCGCACGGCGGCGGCGGAGCUAGCGGCGCGCGGCGUGAGGGUGAACGCCAUCUCUCCGUACGCCAUCGCGACGUCCAUGGGGACGCGGUCCGUGAGGGACAUGCUGGGGCUCCCGUCAGUGGGGGCUGGCGACGAGGACGAGGAGGCUGUCAGGCGGGUGUUCGACGAGGAUUUCAACGAGAUGGGUGGCGGCAUAGUGCUGCGCGCGGAGGACGUGGCGAGGGCGGCCGUGUUUCUGGCUUCUGACGACGCCAAGUACAUCACCGGGCAUAAUCUUAUGGUAGACGGCGGGUUCUCCGUCGGGAAGCCGCUCAACGUCCCGUCGAUUUGAAGACGGCUUGAUGUCGUGUUGGGUUGCAGGAAAUGAAAUGAUGAACGUAUCCCCGCAAGAGAAUGAUGAAUGUAGAUAAUUGUUGAAGUUUAGAUC